CAAAACCAAAACCAAAACCAAUAAAAUAUUAAUUGGUCCUAAAACUGAACUCUGAUCUGAUCAGUGAGAAAAAAAAAUGGCUGAAAUGUUCGUUAACGUUAAGCAAGCGGAGCAAUACGCCUCGGCUCGUCCCGACUACCCGAAAGAGCUCUUCGAAUUUAUAGCCUCCAAGACUCCUCUCCACGAUCUCGCCUGGGACAUCGGCACCGGAAGUGGACAAGCUGCCCUCUCCCUAGCUGGGAUCUACAACAACGUUAUAGCCACAGACUCGAGCUUGAAGCAACUCCAAUUCGCACCAAAACUCCCAAACAUUCGUUACGAGCAAACCCCGCCAGCCAUGUCCGCAGCCGAGAUCGAAGAGAGAUUAACACCGGAGUCUACCGUCGAUCUGGUUACCAUAGCCCAAGCUCUUCACUGGUUCGACCUCCCCAACUUGUACGACCAACUCAGGUGGGUGCUCAAGAAGCCAAACGGCGUCGUCGCAGCCUGGUGCUACACUCUGCCACGUGUCAACGACUCGGUCGAUCAAGUCCUGGAUCGAUUCUACGGAGAAUCCGGGCCUUACUGGGACCUGGCGCGGAAGCUGGUGGAGGACGAGUACAGGGGCAUUGAUUUUCCAUUUGAGCCCGUGGAUGAAGGGACCAAUGAAACGGGGCCGUUUCGGUUUGUGAGUGAGAAGGUUAUGAAUUUGGAGGAGUUUCUCACGUAUCUGAAGUCGUGGUCAGCGUAUCAGACGGCCAAGGACAAGGGUGUGGAGCUUCUGGUGGAUCGUGUGGUUGAGGAGUUUAAGAGAGCUUGGGCGAGUGAUGAUGGCGAUGGAGGGUCUGGUAAUGCUACUAAAGUGGUCAAGUAUCCCUUGUUUUUGAGGAUUGGAAAAGUCAAACACAUGUAGGCUCUUUUUUAGAAAUGGCACCUCUGGUGCACAAUAUCUAUUGGUGCAACUACAAAAAUAAGUACUGUGAGUACUACAAAAUUGAAUUUAAUAAAUAUGGUGAGGUAUCAUUAAUCAGCAUAGUGUUUUGUAGUGUUGAAAUAAUAGCUCUUUUUGUACCUUAGGAAUUUCCUCUUAUAAAAAUAAAAUAAAAUAAUUUAUAUUUA